GGAACUUGAUCUCGCGUUCUGUUACGGAUCGGACGUUUUCCCCACUUUCCCCACCAGGUAUACCCUCUUCCUCCUGAUCUUCUUUUCUCUUCCUCUUCCUUAUCCUCUUCUUUCUUCUUCUCUUUCUCUUUCUUCCUCUGAUCGUCUCUGUGUUGAAUUGGACGUUUUGAGCGCUGGUGAUUGCGCUUCACUACAGUGUUAUGACUGAACGGUGUUAUAAAUCCGGACAGCGCGCUAAAGUUUAGUUUCUUCAGCUGGUUAAGACCGACCGCGUCGCUUUAACUCUCUCCACAGACUGCUGGGACACUUUUCCCGCGUGUUUUUUCCUCCUCAUCCUCUUCAUCCAUGCUUUGUAAAAUGACUUUCCUCGCUGAUGGUCCGCCGCGCUGCCCGGCUAAUGAGUGACACACCGAGCUCCGCUUUUCCUUUCUGGAAACAUCUACACCUUCAAACCACGCAUACGGAGCCUGGAGAGGAAAACUCCUCCGACACGUUUACUGUCCCUUCUGACCUGAGUCGACAGCACACACAGCCGCCCAGAUGCAGUUUCGACUCUUCUCCUUUGCUUUAAUUGUGUUGAACUGUAUGGACUACAGCAACUGUCAGACUCAGCCGCACCGCUGGAGGAGGAACAAAAGAGCUAGCUAUGUUUAUCCAAUCUGCAAGGGCUGCUCCGUGUGUUCGAAGGACAACGGGUGUAUGACGUGCCAGCCCAAGCUUUUCCUGUUCCUGCGGAGGGAGAGGAUAAGGCAGUAUGGAGAGUGUCUCCAUGUCUGCCCCUCAGGAUACUAUGGCACCCGCGGCCCGGAAAUCAACAUGUGCUCAAGAUGCAGGAUAGAGAACUGUGAGACCUGCUUCAGUAAAGAGCACUGCACAAAGUGCAAGCCUGGGUUUUACUUGCACAAAACCCGCUGCUUUGAGAAGUGUCCUGAGGGCUUUGCACCUCUGGAGGACAGUAUGGAGUGUGGAGAGGGCUGUGAGGUGGGCCAGUGGAGCGAGUGGGGGACAUGCACCAGGAGGAACAAAACCUGCGGCUUUAAAUGGGGCUUGGAGACCCGCACCAGGCAUAUUGUGAAGAAACCACCAAGGGACACAAUACCAUGCCCUACAAUUGCUGAGUCAAGGAGAUGCAAAAUGCCCAUGCGACACUGCAGGAGAGGGGGAUCAGGGAAGCAUAAAUCCAAAGACAAGAAGAAGUCCGGCAAACAGAGGCUGCGCUUCCGGGCUCAGAACCAGCACAGCGAUCACUUGGCCUCACUGAGGGCGAGCCAGUAAAGACUGAGAAAUCUCCCAGAAGAAAGAUCAGAAAGCUGCUAGCCGCUGCUCAACACACACUAACCUUACACACACAAAUAUAGUUCCUCACCCUCAUGCUGUGCACAUACACACAUACGCUGUCUCUUUGUGCCUCCUGCUGCUUCCCCUCGUGCCGGUAACACGUGCCCCAACCCGAAAACCCUUCUUGACAUCAUAGAACUGUACAGCAGCUGUGCCCACCUAGUCUGAGGAGAAAGACAAGGAGAAACAGAGCUGAAAGAGGAGAGAAGGGGAGUCAUGGACAUUAAGGUUGGAGGAUAAGCUGAGAUUAAAAGAGCAGGCACCCCAACGAACGGAUGAAGAGUGCAUCCAGUAACAGUGACUAAUGCUAAUGUUGUGAGAGACAGAGAGAGAGAGAGAGAGAGAGAGAAAGAGAGAGACUUGUCUGUAUUUAUGUAAAAUUACAUGACCAUCGAAGGAGGCAGAGUAUGCCAUGUAUUGCCUUUUCUUUUGGCUCUGUACAUUUUUGAGAGUACUCCAAUACAAUGCAUAGUUGCAUUAUUCUCGGCACAAGAUGUUUACGUCCGGACCGCUUUAUUGCUCUAACUGUAUAUUGUGGAUAACGAAGAAUUUAGUUGUUCAACUAGCAUGGCCACAAGCUCAUGUGUACAUAGUUGGUGAGUUUAUCUAAUGAUAAUAUUAAAAUAAAAAAGUUACUGUAUUUUCAGUAUUGACUCCUUCACCGUUAAAUGUGUUAGAGAAAAAGGUUAUGAUA